AUGGCUAGCAUCCAACUCCCAAUCGAGGCCUUUACCUCGCGCCUGAACAUCUCUGAGAGAAUAAAUGGCAUACGCUCCCAGUCAAUGUCCAGUCGGUUCGCCAACCUACGCCCCAUCUCCGAAUUUCUGGACAUCAAGCGGAUUUCUAAGCCCGCCAACUUCUCCGAGUUCCAGAGCCGCGCGAGCUACAACCUUUCCUACUUCUCAAGCAACUAUGUCGUUGUCUUCAUCGUGCUCAGCAUCUACAGCCUGCUCACCAACCUGGCUUUGCUUUUCGUCAUCCUGCUAGUCCUUGGUGGCUCUUACGGUAUCGGAAAGCUGGAAGGUCGAGAUCUUAACCUUGGCGUGUUCCAAGCCACCACCAGCCAGCUAUACACCACUCUUCUAGUUUUGACUGUUCUACUGGGUCUAUGGGCGUCGCCAUUGACAACUGCAUUGUGGCUCAUUUGUGCUACCGGCGCAAAGGAGGUGCAUAGUGAAGCAGGGGGAGUUCCUGGGGAGUGGUCUGGGAGUGAUGAUUAUGAGUAUGACGACGAGGACGACUAUUCAGACGAUGAUUACGAACAGGACUCGUUGAUGGAAUAUGGCAUGGAUGGUCCGUCUACCGAUGACACAAUUGCAUAUGCAGUGGAACUAGCGAUGCGAGAUCAGGAAGACGUGCUUGUUGAAAAUGCGCUGGAAAAGAUAAGACGUGCACAGAUGCAUGGGAAGGCUAAUUUCAAACUUACCGCCAGAGAGAUUGCCGCGCUGGAAAGGAGAAGACGACGGGAUUCGGAAGCAGAGCCUACUUUGACCCAUACCCAAUCUAUAAACGAACGAAGUGACACUACAUCGAGGCGCAGCUCCAGGCAGAAAUCCGGAACUUCGAGAAAACGGAGGCCGUCUGACACAACCAGUGUUGCCGAGACAGCAUAUACAUCACCACCCGUAUAUCCUGGAUACUACAUUAUGCCCGCUUCUCCAAUUCCUAGCCAUCUUUCCAUUACGAACCCAUCCAACCAAUCUCCCGCAUCUCGAUCCCAAAUACCAACCAGGCAACAAUUGCAAAUGCUACCACCACAGCCUCAAUUCUACCCCUUCAGCCAGCACCAGUGGAUGCCAGCACCACCUAAUACAGCCGGCGCAAUACCGCUGUCAGUGCCACAGUCGCAGUAUCCCAUGUACCCUCGACCAGGCUAUCCACCACCUUUAUCAAACAUCAUGUGCCAACCUGUCUACCGCCCUGCAUCCCGCGACACGUACGAGAAUCAUCCACCUACCGAUCAACUCGCAUUACAGCGACCAUCUCUACCAUCAUGCACGCGGACCUCGAGCAGGGGUAGCAGUAGUGAUAACGGAGUUAAGAUUACCAAUGACAGCUCAAGCGGCAAGAAAGAUGCGCCAGCACGUCAAAGGAGGGCACCAACGAAGUCAACGUCGAAAACAUCUAAAGCCAAAUCUUCCAAGAAGCCCGAUACGCCUGCACCUGAUUCUGCAACCUCCGCUACUUCCACUGCGUUAGAUACAUCCAAGUCGUCCUCUUCCAAAACUUCCACGGGUCGAAACGGCUUUACUCGACCGAAAAGGAAGAGAUUUCGAUGGAUUUAA